CCGCAUGUAGUGGUAACAUUUUGUUUACUUUCCUAGCCAAUAGACUGACAUUAACGUUUGUAACCAAAGAGAUAGCGCUAGCUGUAUCAAUUUUCCUGACAAGAAAAAAAAAAAAACCGGAAGUACGGCAACACUUUUUUUCAGCAUACAACGAGGCGCGCCGUACCACUGCACAUUCAUGUUUGCUCUGCUUCAGGUUACAUUCAUACCGUUAGAGUUAAAGCGCCCCUGUUUUUCAUAACGACAGUUCUGAUGACAUAACGAACUCGUUGACUUUUACUAGAUUCUAGCACCAAUUAAUGAAAGCAAAGUUAGCUAAGUUAAUUUUAUGUUAACCUCCGCGGUACGGCCUUUAUUUUGACAGUUGUGACUAAGAGUAGUACUAUUUUAUCCUGUCUUGUGCCUUGCUGGCCAAAUCCCGUUAUCUUUUUAAAAUGUCAGUCCCUUUUUUUUUGAAGUUCAGCAAUGUUGUAGUUCAUUGUCUUUCGAAGUAUUACUCGCUAGGCUAUAAGGAAAGAUUAGGUAUGCGGUGUUUUAGUGUGCAUCAUAAAAGAUAUUUGCAAAAACAGUUGUCUGGGUUCCCAUAACUAUGUCUCACAGACUGACCAAGGAGGAGCUGGAUGAACAGUUUGAGCUGUUCUUAAAGGAGUCUGUUUCAGAUGACUCGCUGGACUUGGGAGAUUCUGACAAGCAGUCCCUUGCUAAAAGCAGCCAGAAAUCACCCCAGAAAACAACAGUGUCAUGGUGGCAAGAUGAUGAACACAGUGGAGGAGGAAUGGGCAAAGGCCUGCUGGGAUCUGGGAAAUCUUUCCGAAAGUCUUUGAGGAAGUCUCAGCCUAUUCAGGAGGAGGAUGAGAAUUCAGGAGACACUGGAGUGAUGAAAGAAGGGCUGGGCACAGUUGUAUUCAACAUAGACAACACAGAGUCAGAGGCUGUGCACAUGAUCAGUAUGGGCUUGGACACUCUGGAGGAGGAAGAAGAGAAAGCCAAGUUUUUUGCCCAACUAGAAGCAGGCACCUCAUCAGCUAUCAAUUAUUCCAAACUGAACAGAGAGCUGGACUCAACUACCUCUGCCAUUGGUUCUGUCCUCAGGAAAACUGAGGGUGCAGUGGAGCAGAGUGAUGAUGAUCAAAGUAGGGUCAGAGUUGCAGAAAGCAUAAGAAUCUCUCAAGGUUCUCCACAUUAUAGUGAGGAUUUUGAGGCUGAGGAAAAUGGGAAUGAGCAACUAAAGGAGAAGUCUAAGAUAUCUUCAAUUCUUGCCAAAGUUUCUCUGUAUGAUUCUCUGGAUGACACUGGCAGAGAAGACAUAAGGAAGGACAAAGCAGGAUCACUGAACAGAGGCCUGCUGUAUGUGCAGAGUGGAGGUUCAGAGAUGGAGGCUCUUCAUGAGGCCUAUAGACAGAUCCAUGUAGCAGAGGAUUCACAGGACCAUAAUCACCAUUAUUCAUCUCUGGAAGAGAGGGGGACAGUUUACAGACAUGUGUCUCCAGCCUCCCUUCCUCUAAAUGCCAGGCAGUCUCUUCAGCUUGCUUCUACCAAUGACUCAGAGCUACCCACUGCAGAAGAGCUGAUGAGGCCUAUUCGACCAGAGAAGGACCAUAUCCGAGGGUUCACCCUCCAGCCUGUCAGAGCUGUGGAGCCUGACCAAGAAAAGACCUCUGACUCCUUGGAAAGGACUGUCUCAGAAGAGACUUACACAAAGUCUCAACUGACACGACCAGAUCAGGCUGAGACUGAGAGACUGAUGAGUCACCCAUCCAGCUCCCCAAAACCUUUCAACCAUGAUCUGCCAUGGAACAUCAGAGAGGAAGUCAAGAGUCUGAUGCAUGAGCAGGAUCACAAGAGCCCUUCUUCCUACAAGACUGCUCAGGCUGCCAAAGCUAAGAAACAACCAGACACCCGUAUUUCCACCAUUUCUCAUGCUUCUACAGCUUCAGUGAGGAAACCUACUGUUCCUUCUGUGAGAGGCAUAAAAGACCAGGGGAAAACAGCAGCGACUUCCAGGUCAACAGGAACCAGCAGAGCUGCUGCUAAAGCCACAACCCACUCUUCUGUUUCCCAUUCCUCACAACAUUGUCUAAAAGUCAAAUCCUCCGACACCCAAGAAAAAGAUGACUCCACAGUUGAGCCAGGCUUGAAGGUGAGCAGUCAGCUGGUGGCAUCUGUUCAAUCCUUAGUGGCUGUCCUCCAACAGCAGAUAGACACCAGCAGUCACCGGGACACUACAGAUACUCUGGAAGUCAGAGGUCCUCAAGAAAUGAGGCUGACACAUCAUCUUCCAAACAACAAUAGUAAUGAGGAGAACUCGCUGGUGGAAGAGCUGAGAGUCCAGCUGGCUCAGAAAGAGAGGGAGCUGCAGUUGAUGAAGGAAGGAGCAGAGGAGCUCAACUUACUCAGACAGCAGAACUACCUACUGCAAAGCAAGCUGCGAAAUACAGAAGAAGAGAAUCAGAAGAACAGAUGGGCUGAGGCCACAGACCCUGCAACAGCGGAAAAGCUCCAACAGAUUGAUAAAGAAAUGAAAGAGCAGGAGACACUCAUAAAAGGUUACCAGCAGGAGAAUGAGAAGCUGUACUUGCAGUUGAAGGCUCAGCAGGCCAAGAUUAUUGCCAAUGAGGAGGCCAUGUUUAAUGAAAACCAGAGGCUGUUGAAUGAACUGGCUUUCACAAGGGAACAGCUGAAUAAAAUCUCAUGCCAUGUGGGAAAUGUAAAUUCAGUCAGCCACACUCAACGCAUCACAGACUUGUUAACUCAAAUAAAUACAUUUCAGGGGAAUGAGGCUAAGCUGUCCGAGGACAUUCACAGACUGGAGCAAAAAAAACUGACUCUGGAGGUAGAACUGCAGCAAAUGAAGAAGGAGAGAGACCAGGCUAAAGCCAAGGCUAUCUCCACCUCAGGUGAUCAAACUUUUGAGAUGCGUGUAUUAGAGGACAAGCACAGAGAGAAAGUGGCUGUACUGGAGAAGAAGCUGCAGUGGUUUGCUGAGAACCAGGAGCUGCUGGACAGAGAUGCUGGCAGACUGAAGGCUGCUACAGCAGAGAUACAUAAACUCAAAGAGCAGGUGGAAGAGCUAAAAAUGGAAGUGAGAAAAAGAAGCAGCAAUCAGCAGAGAAAGGCCAAAGAGAAAUCUAUGGACACAAAGAGGAUGCAGGACCUGGAGCGACAGGUGAAGGAGCUGGAGCAGAUAUUGGGGCAUAGAAACCCAAAUUCCCUGCCUGCUCUGAUCUAUGCGGCAGCCAGAGCUGGUGGUCAGAAGGAUGGAGUCAUAUCUACGGCAUCUCCGCCCAGCCGGAUCAAUACUUUCCUGGAGCGCAGGAUUCAACGUCUGGAGGAAGAGCUGGAGAACCAUGAUGAGGAGGCCAAACACAGUCUGAGGGCCAUGGAACAGCAGUUCCAUAGGAUUAGGCUUCGUUACGAGCAGCAGAUCUCAGAGCUGGAGCAGCAGCUGCAACAGAUGCAACAGGCUGAAGCAGCAAGCUUAGCAGCUGGGCCCAAACCAUGGAUGACACAGGUCCAAACUCUGCAGGAAGAGCUACAGCAGCUGAAGGAAACCCAGCAGGAGAAAGAGAAAGGCCUCCGUGACCAGAUAGAGUCGCUCCAGCAGCAGCUCAAACAAAAGGCCAAGCCAAGUCCAGGCCGACACCAGCGUCAAGCCGAGGCAGCAUUUGGUGUUCGGAUAGAGAGGUUAAACCAAGAGCUUGCUGCCAAGACACGUACCAUUCAGGAGUUGACCCGCACUGUUGAGAGACUUCAGAAAGAGAGGAGGAGCAGCCCACGACCAGAAACCCGUUCUACAGAGACCAAACGACAACCAGACUCGACUUGUGCUACUGCAGCAGAGACAGGUGGAGGGGAAGAGAUGUUUCCAGCUGCUCACUAUGAGAAGACCUACCAGCCCACUGUCUUUACAGGGAGUCAUAUCUCAGAGGUUCUGCAGGAGAACAAGACUCUGAGGCAGCGCCUGGAGCAGUUGCAGCUGCAGAAUGAACACGAGAAGGAGGCAUUACAGACUGAAGCUAUACAAGCUAAGGAGGAGCUGUGCAGGCUGAAGGAUCUGUCUGCAGAGCAGCUGUCCUCUAUGAAGGCAGAACACCUCAGGGUGUUGGACCAGCUGUGUGCCAUCCAUGCCCUGGAGCAUUCUUCCUCAAAAGUUGCUGAACUGGCCAAUAAGCUUAGCACUCAGGAGGUAAUGGUGACACAUUUGCAAGACCAACUAAAAGAGCUGCAGGGAGCCAAAAAUGCACUGGCAGUAUCCAGGACUCGAGAGGAUGCUCUGCAGACGCAGUUGACCAGUCUGCUGAAGGAGCUGAAAGAAGCUAAAGAAGCUCAGAGCCUUGAAGCGAAACUUCUGCAUAGCCUGGAGAGAAAGAUCUUCAACAUGGAGCUCAGGCACCAACACAGACAGAAAGAGCUACAGCAGGUGAUCGGUGGGUCGUGGCAAAUGCGGGAGGCUAAUCAGCAUUCAGAGGUGGAGCGCUGGAGGCGUCUGGCUCAGGACAAGAAUAGAGAACUGGAGGCUUUUCGGCUGGAGCUGGACUCUAUCCUGGACAUCCUGAGACAUCUCCAAAAACAGGGAGUGGUCUUUCCUGCUCCUGACACCCCCAUACCCCCUCUCACCCAGAGGACUUGAUGCACACAGAAGGUUUGACAUAAGCUAAUACUUAGCUUAAUUAGCUGCUUUACCAUCAGCAAUGUUUAAUGUGGGUGAAUCAAAUCUGUUUUAGUACACAUACUUGUACCUAGUUCUUAUGGUUGUAUGCAUAUUUUGUAGCUAGUUUCUGUUUUUAUUUAAUCUGAACUACUGUAAUUUAAGGUGUGAAAAUUUUAUAUUAAAUAUUUUUUCAAGUCUCAUCUGUGA